CGCGGCGCAGUGUGCUUUGCAUCACUGAACGAGAAACUCUUUCGAAAAAUAUCAUGCGAUAUAUCCAGUGGGAUUUUAUGCACUCAUGUCACGCAUUCACAAAUUUAAAUAAUCUCAACCACAGACCAGGCUAAACUAUUGGUGUUUAAAAGAGAAAAGAACAGAAAAAAAAAAAAAAAAAAGGCUAGAAAGAAAAAAAUCACAAAUAUAUAUACAUAUAUAUAUACUUUUUCUUUCUUUUUUUUUUCUUUUUUUUUUUUUUUUCUUCUUUUUAAAUCGAAAACAUUGAUCAUUAUCAAAUAGGAAAAUUAAUUCUAUUCUACGAAUGGUCAUCGUGGCAGUCACGUCCGAUUUGUACUGACUUUAUUUAUAGUGUCUGGUUAUUUUUGCAUGUGUUUCUUUUAAAACAAGAUGCAGCUGUCCGCUGGCUAAUAGGCAUUCUUGUGUACGUACCUCUGUAAGUUUGUUCGUUAGAUAGGCCCAACACUAAAUUAAGGCAUAAGUAGUUAAAGAGACAUCAGUUAUAGUACUUCUACAUGGACGCAUUCGUUCGUGAUACGUGGGUGUGUUAAUACGUAAAAUAUAUAAAUUUUUUUUUAUUAAUCAUUAUAAAUAUUUUAUAGUCAAUUAUUAUAAUGAUCUGGACUUUUAUACUGAGUGACAAUAUAUAGCAUUUAUUUCGGGGACAACGUCGAAGAUUUAACAUCCAAUAUUAUAAUUGUGGUCAUCUCUUGAUUCAGGCAAUACAGGAAAAGGCAUUAAUUGUUUAUCAAUUUGCUGCUGUUUAAAUAAAGAAAUAAAAGGGACAAAUGGAAUCUACUGUAACUGGACGAAGGCGUACUGCCACACGGCAUUCUGCUGAGGAUCAAGCACUUGAUCAAAUAGCUAAAGAGGCAGAAGCACGAUUAGCUGCAAGGAGACAAGCAAGAGCUGAAGCUAGAGAAAUCCGAAUGCGUGAAUUGGAAAGACAACAGAAAGAAGCAGAAGAAAAUGCUGAUAGAGUUUAUGACAUGUGUUCAGAUCCUAAUAGAGCCAUGAGAGUAACUCCAGAUCCUGUAAGGACAUCACGCUUGCUUACAAAUUCUAAUAAUUUUCAAUCCAGCUGUAAAUCAUCAGAAGAUUCAUUAGAAGAUGUGGGACUUGGUAGAGAUCUUAGGUUAGAGCUGAAGGAAUUUGAAGAGAAAUUCAGAAAAGCAAUGAUAGCUAAUGCCCAAUUAGACAAUGAAAAAUCUUCUUUUGCCUAUCAAGUUGAUAUAUUAAAAGAUAAAUUGGAAGAAUUAGAAGAAAUGGCAGCCCAAUUACGUAGAGAACUUCGAGAGAAGAAUCGAGACGCUGAACAAUUAAAACGACUUGGUCAAAGAUUAAAAGAUGAUUUAGAUUUAUGCAGAACACAAUUGUUAGAAAGGGAUACAUUAAUUCAGGAAAAUGGAUUAGUGAUAGUUGAAGAUGAAGGAACCGAUGAAGAAAAUGAUGUUGAAAGUGGACCCUGCCAUAGAAGAAGAGUAUUAGUUAGUAAAGAGUCUGCAGAUUUAUUGCAGAAUGCUGGAAAAGGAUCCUUGGACGUUCGACUGAGAAAGUUCGCUUCGGAGAAAAAAGAAUUAGAAGAUCAAAUACGACAUUUAAGAUUGGAAUUAGAAGAAACCAAGAAUCGCAUUAGAUCUGAGAGAUCCCCGGGUGCAGUAUUAGGUGGCUUAACGUAUUCUGAAGAUAUUCAACGAGAGGCUAAUAAGCUUUUAAUCGAUUACAAAUUCAAGCAGCAGAAAACGGAACAGGAUAUGUCUACGUUACAAGCCACGGUGGCUAGAUUAGAAAGUCAAGUAAUACGUUAUAAGUCUGCGGCAGAAGCAUCUGAGAAAGCGGAAGAUGAACUCAAAAUUGAAAAGAGAAAAUUGCAAAGAGAAGUUAGAGAGUUUCAAGGACGCGUUGAAGAGCUCGAAACAGCAAACUCGCAUUUACAAAGGCGAUUAGAUAAACUUAAAAAUGCUAAAUCCGCUCUUUUUAAAGAUCUUUGAUGAAAUUAUUUUUGUUUUCUUUUCUUUUCUUCUUCUUUUUUUUUUUUUUUUUUUGUUGGGAUCCGUCAAAUCUACUCGAUUUUUUUUUCUUUUAUGCUAUCUAUAGACGAAAAGCAUUUAUUUAAUAAUUUUUAAAAUAACAAUAUCGCAAAAUAUAUCAAAGUUAUUUGACAAUUUGAUAAUAACAUUUAACAGAGAGUAUGUGUACUGUUAUCAGAUCUUUUAUAAUUUAAAGAGCUUUUAUCAUUUAGAGAAUGAUACGUAUAAAAAUAUUUAUACUAAUGAAUUUGUACGCAAAGUCAUUCUUUGUUUUUAUCUGGUCUUUUGGUAAUAAGCAGUUUAAUGGCAAUUUAACAACGAGAAAAUGCUUGUUUAGUAAUAAUAUUUUAGGCAUUUAUAAUACUAUAUUAAUUUAUAAAUAGUUGUGUAAAGACAAUUUGUGCAUGUACAUAACAUUGUUAUGUUAUAACAGCCUAUCGGUUUUUACAUGGUUCUCUCUAUCCAUUGACAUCAAUAUUAAAAACGAAUUAUGUGUUACAUAUUGACUAAUUAAAUGAUGUCAAUGUGUAACAUUAUAAAUAUAUAUAAAACAAUAAUUCAUAUAAAUUUAUUUAAAUUGUAUAAAUUUAUAUAAAUUUAUAUAAUUAUAUAAAUAAGAAUUUAUAUAAAUUUUUAAUCAAUAUUUCAAUUUUGGAAGCUUCAUGCUCACAAUCAAAGUGCAUACAAAUUUAAUAUUUUGUAGUUUGAAAUAAACAGGAAGAAGGAGAAAGAGAGAGAAAAAUAUUAUGAUUUUUGCAAUUAUAUAAAGAAGUUAACAUAUUUUAGUAAUUUAUGUACUUGGUAUAAUAAGUAUACUUAAAUUCUUAAAUUUUAAACUAUUCUUCUAGUGUAAAAUGGAAGUGAUCAAUUACGAAUGUAUUUAAAAGAGUUUGAACAUUUGAAAUUAUGAGUUACGUAAUUAGUUUUCAAUUUUUAUUCCUUUGAUCCUUUAUUUAGUUUUUUUGAAAAUUUUCAAAUGCAUUUUAUUAUUAAAAACUAUCGCGACACACAAGAUAGAUCAUAAAUGACAAAAACCACACCGGACUGUCCUUUAGCGAACCAUAAAAUAAUAUGCUUGAAAAAAAUAAAUAAGUAUAAAUAUAUCCUUAUUGUGCAGAAUAGUAAUAACAGAUGAGAAGAUAUAAAAUUAUUGUAUACUGCGUUGGAAAAAAAAAAAAGAAAAAAAAAAGAAAAAAAAACCAAAAAAAAACCAAAAAAAGAACAAAAAACAUAUCCUUGAAUAUGUUGGUAGUGAAAGUAUAUUUAUGAUCGUGUUGCAUUUAUAACUUGUAUCAAAAUGAUUUCUGAAACAUUGUGACUGAUAUGUGUUUUUCAUCCAACGGGGAUUGAUACGAACUACAAAAAUUAGGCGUACAAUAGUGUGGUCUUUGUACAUUUAGAAUAAAUUCAAAUAUAUUGUUAUAAAUGUA